CAGGGGUCGCGCUUUGCUUCGUCAUCGUGUUGUGUUUGACCCCUACACGUCACUGCCCCGCGGGCUCAGUGCGCCUGCGCUGUAACUUGAUUCAGGGAAGUUGUGAGUAGAGCCAACUGACUGAAGCGACGGAGCAGUUUGUUGUUUAUUUAUCGGCUCUCAGAGACACAAACAGGCCCGCAGCAUCAACAACAUGUCGGGAUUUGACAGCAACCCUUUCGCGGACCCUUCCGGCGACAACCCUUUCGAUGACCCGUCGGUGACUCAGGUGACGAGCUCCAACGUCGAGCCAGUCGACCAGUACAACCCGUUCCCCGCUCACCCCACAGACGGUCUGGCGGCUCAAACCACCCCGGCCUCCACCGCUCCCUACCAGCCCGCCGUGCUGCAGCCGUCUACAGAGCCCAGUCCUCAGGUGACUGCUGCUGCAGCUCAGGCCAAUCUGCUGAGGCAGCAGGAGGAGCUGGAGAGGAAAGCUGCCGAGCUGGACCGCAGAGAGCAGGAGCUCCAGAGCCGAGGCCCGUCAGGGAAACAGAACAACUGGCCUCCUCUCCCCAAGAGUUUCCCCAUCAAACCGUGUUUCUACCAGGACUUCUCAGAGGAAAUCCCUCCAGAGUCCCAGAGAGUCUGCAAGAUGAUGUACUACCUCUGGAUGUUUAACUGUGUGACUCUGUUCCUGAACCUCCUGGCCUGUCUGGCCUACUUCACCACCGACGCCUCCUACGGCGUGGACUUCGGCCUCUCCAUCCUCUGGCUCAUCCUGUUCGCUCCCUGCUCCUUCCUCUGCUGGUACCGGCCCGUCUACAAGGCCUUCAAGACUGACAGCUCCUUCAGCUUCUUCUUCUUCUUCUUUGUGUUUUUCUGCCAAGUGGUGAUCUUCAUCAUCCAGUCUGUGGGAAUACCUAAGUGGGGCAACAGCGGUUGGAUCUCUGCCUUCACCAUCAUCUCCACAAACAAAGCGGUUGGAGCCAUCAUGAUCAUCGUGGCCAUCCUCUUCACCAUCUGCGCCGUGCUGUCAGUCAUCCUGCUCAAGAUGGUCCACAGCAUGUACCGUCGGACCGGCGCCAGCUUCCAGAAGGCCCAGCAGGAGUUCUCUCAGGGCGUCUUCACCAACAAAACCUUCCAAACCGCCGCGGCCGGAGCGGCGUCCUCCGCCGCUCAGGGAGCCUUCCACCAGGGGAACUAACGGCCCGGCACAGCCAGCUGAGCUGAGCUCCAUUUAGCAGGUCAAGGUCUAUAUGUUAUCAGGUCUGGGUGAUUAAGUAAACCGAGCCGAGGGGGAAGUCUGUAAAUGAGAAUCUAAAUGUUUAAUGUAUAGACCUUGAGCUCGGUGAGGCUGCGUCGCUAGCCUCCCUCCUCCCAGCCCUCCAUCAGCACAUUCACCCCCCACGGCCACUUUGCUUCAUGCAGCAUGUCUCCUGCAGAGCCACAGUGGAGGGGAGCGUCUCCCACGGUGCAUUCUGGGUAAUGGAAAGCAUGAAUGAAGUCGACUAUUUCAGUUUGUCCUGGCUUUGUAUAUUUCGUGUGCACUUUUUUGGCAAUGCUCUUCAGUUUAAUAUUUGACUGUGUGUGUGAAUGAGUGUGUGUGUGUGUGUGUGCAUGCGUGUGUGUGUGUGUGUGUGUGUGUGUGUGUGUGUGUGGGCAUGCUGACUCAUCUCGUCUGUUUCUCCACCUCGCUGGUGGAUCCUGAUCCUGUAAUAUAUAAAUACGAUGAAGUGUUUUUUUCUGUCUCUGUGUCGCCGAAGCGAUUUCUGAUUUCUGAUUUCUGGCAAAACUUCUCUUCUGUGUGCCGCAGAAAUUUCAGUUUAAUAAUAAGGAAGAAAGGUAACUCAUCAUAAAUCAUAAAUCAUAAAUCAUGCGGUUAGCUGUAAUCGACUGCUUCUGUCUCUGGAUUCUGGGAUGUUGCUGCGUUCACACCAAAACAGGCAGUGAGGCGGGAAAAACACACUGCAAAAAAGGUGUUUAGUCUAAAAACCAGAUAAACUAUCUAGCACUUCUACAUCUAAAGUAAAGAAACAAAUAAUCAUCAGGCCAGUUCAUCGCUGCUGGCAGCUUUAAUUUAUCUUGUUUUAAGAGUUAUUUACUUAUUUUAAGUGUUCAACAUGCUUAUUUCUAGAUUUAAUAAUCUGAAUUUAAGAAAUCUUGUCAAGGUAAAUUAUCUGUCCAUGCAGCAAGAUCAUUUCCCUCAGAUUUACUGUUUUAUCUGGUUUUUAGACACCUUUUUUGCCGUGUGUCUUUCAUUUGAGAAGGUUUAGUGUGUUUAGGCUGCAGGGGGAAGUGAAGCUAAUGCAGAAGUGUCUUUAACCUGCAUUCUCUCUAACGGCCAGCAGGGGGCGACUCACUGGCUGCAGAAAGAAGUCUGAUUUAUUGCAAAUCAGUAGGAAUAUGACUCUACUUCUGACUUGAUUUGUGACCUCAGUAAACAUUCUCAUUAUGAGUUUAUGGUCUCAAUCUUUAGUUUCAAGUCUUCUUCAACACAACGUGAUGCUAAUUUAGUAAAAAAUGGUUAAUUUAGAGUCAAACAGAGCAGGAAGCAGGGGUAUUAUUGCUUAUUCAUCUUAGACAUUUUACAGUAUCAGUGUCUUUUCAGUUAAUUACAACAUUUUUGUCUCUUGAACUAAAAGACACUUUAAGAAGUCAGCUGCUUUUUGAAUUUUUGAAUUACAAAUGCUGCACAAAAACAUUAAGACACAGGAAGACAUUAAGUUACGUGGAGGAAAAUGUGUUAAAUUUGACAACGAGUUUCUGCAACAAGCUCAGCACUCAGUCGACCAGCUGCUGUGUUGCCUUCAGGCGCAGUUGGAAAUGUCAAGAUCAUUAAAACCCUCUUAAGGAAAACAAUCGGGAGGUUAAA